AAUAAAGUAUAUCACAUUUUAUGCUACUAACAUUGAUUAUAUGAUUCUUUUUAGCAUUAAUAAGGUCUCAAUUAGAAUUCUAUUCAGUUGUUUGGAACAAUAUCAAUUAGGGAUGGGGCGACCGAAUCCAAUAUCCGCCGAAUCCGCCGAAUCCUAGGGAUUCGAAGGUUCGGCGGGUCUGAUAUAGGAUUCGUCAAAGGAUUCGGUUUUUACUAUUUACGGGGAAAAAAUACAGUAAAACUCGCUUACGAGGUCCCGCAUGGUAGGUUUUUCCGUAUAAAGCGUUUAAAUUGCCCGAGGUCUCGUCAUUACGCCAUUAAAUGUGUGAUAUAAUGUCCGUUAAAAUUUUUUCUGAAACUUCUUGUCUCAAAUAAUGGCACACGUAAAUAUGAAGAAAAGACAAAUGAACAACAACAUACGAAGAAAUAUGGAUGAUAUACCAUAACUACAGUACAAACCCAAUAGUUAUUUUAAGAUAAUUACCAUAAAAAGAACUAAAGAUUCUUUGUAGAAUACCAUAAUUACUACAGAAGCAUGAUAGCUACCAUAUUUGCACUAUAGUUACCGUAACAACUGAGAUGUAUAUUUACCGUGAUAGUAAUGUAUUAUUUAUUUAUGACAUAUUAAAUUAAAGAACAUUGUUAAAAAAAAAAGGAUGUUAAACUUUGAUAUGUACGGUUGGCACAUGUUGCUAAGAAAUAAUGCGAUCUGAAAGAAUGCAGUACUACUACGAAAAGUGAAAAUGGUACUCGUGGAUUUUUAGGUUAUGGCAGUCUUUCGUUUUUCAGUAAUAUCGGCCGAAAAUUAACGAGCGUACUGUAUCGGAAGUCGGCAGAAAUGCCGAUUCAACUAUAUAUUGGCAAAAUCGGCUUCUUCAAUACAGCUCUACAUUUAAUGACAUGAGUAAACAUAUUUCAGACUUCAGGAUAUUGAAAAAGACUUUAAUUUCCAUAGGCAGGCUGUGCUCUGCUGGCCCAAGAUGAGGAGCAGUUUUACAAGGAAGGGCCUCUGUUCCACCAAGCUGACAACAAGAGCCUGGACUUCUCCGCAGUUCGGGAUGGGAGCCACAUCACAGUUGGGUCAUCUUCCAUGGAUGCUAGUAUAUCCCAGAAACAAAAUAGGAAGCUGUCUAUUGGACAGUUCUUCUCGUUAAGAACAGAGAAGAUCCAGGACCCUGGAUUCCAGCCUUUUGAAGAUACCAAACAAAAUCAUUGCAGAGCUGAGGCAUUGGCUGACUUGACUGGAAAAUCAGACAUAAAUAGAGAGGAUGACAUCAUGAACAGUCUGGUGUCGUCCACGGUAUCCUCUGUGCUGCCAAGCACCUCUAAGAUCCAAGACAUCCUCUCCCAGUGUGGCAACUCCCUGUCAGGGACAGUGAUAGUGGACAAGAUGAUGAAGGGCUACCAAAGGAAGCAGCGCGAGACUUCGAGCAAGGUGCUGCAAGACAAGUCGAACCUCAGCAGUCCAACUGCAGCGAUGAACAAGCCAUUGUCCUCGCGAAGGGCUCUGGCCCUGUCCCAGAAUGAAGGUACGGUCGUCGAGAAGGUCGCGGACACAGACGAUGAGAACUUGGACAUAAUUUAUCAGAGGAUCAGGUCAUCUCAGAGGAAGAGCGAGCAGAGAAAGCGCGAGGGGCAGACCAAGAAUGCGCGAUGCGCUGCAAAGUUGCGUACCGGAGCUCACGAGAGCACGGGAGACUUCCUGACGGGCUCUGACCCGUCGGAUGUGGACGACUCCGUGGUGUGCACGUCGGAGAGCCGGCCCUUGGCCAAGCCUGCCCAGGCCUCCGGGAGCAGCGGCUCGGCAGGAGAGCAGAGGCGCAAGCGCGACGUCGCGCGGUGGGUCGCGCAGACGAGCGGCGAGCGAGUGGACGCUGGCUCGGAGGUGAGGAGUCGGCUGAACGAGACCACGUUCCUCGAGCCGGCAGAUCCCUGCUUGCUGGGCAGCACCACUGUCGAUGGGGCGGAGGGCGGCUGGGUCUCCAUCCAGCCGUCAGGGGCCACGGAGUUCGUCCUGGCUGUGGGCGUGCUGUCCCCGGUGCUGCUGAAGCUGAGGGCGGGCGGCGGGCGCAGGCUGGCUUGCCGGGUGGUCUACGAGGGGGCCGAGGCGGUGGACGACCCGGGGCGGCCGGCCCCGGUCGACGUCGAGCUGCUGGACUCGCAGAUCACAGUUGGGCCGGAGGCGGAGAAGGAACUGCAGGCUUGGAUUUGUCCGAAAGAAGCUAUUCGUUUGAGAAUAACUACUAAGGUCAAUUUGAAGGAUGUUUCCACAAAUGAAACACAUGUCAUGCAUUACAGUUUUUUAGUUUGUGGGGAAGUUCCUAAGGUGCUGCUUGGCCUGGAUGAAAAUUCGGAACCUGGAAAAAUUGAAUUUGGUCUUCUUCCGGAAAACUGUGGUGCAUCAAGGAAUGUUUCGUUGGAAAACAGAAGUGAUGUUUAUUUGGCUCUGGCUUUGGCACUGGAACAAAAGGAAAUUAAAGUCAAUGGCAAGUCUCACCUAGCAUUCUCGUUGUCUGAGCACGGUAGCACUGAGCGUCACUCCCAGCUGCAAGUUUUCCUCCGAGAAAAGUUGGACCUGAAGAGCUAUGUGCAGGUUACCGUGCAUUUCCACCCACCACCCUUCGGCUCAGGAGAGGCGGAGAGCGCGGCUCACUCUGCCCAGCUGGUGGUGAGGUUCGACGUCCCCAACACUCAGGUGGUCCUGAAGCGACUGCCGGUGAGCGGCCGCAGCUGCCGCGUGCGGCUGUCCGCCCGCCAGAAGCCGGUGGCCCUGGUGGUGCCCCGGCGGGGCGCGGCGGCGCAGAAGACGGUGAACGUGGUGAGGAACCUGGGCACAGAGAGCGUGCGGCUGAAGUUCUGGCUGGACGGCGUCGACCGGGAGGCGUUGCGCGUGCGGCCGGAAGUCCUGGAGCUGGGGGCGGGCCAGCUGGGGCAGGUCACCGUCGUCUGCGACCCCGCCGCGGUGGCUGCUGCUGAGACUGCCGUUGCCGGCUUCUUGAAGCUGCAAGUGGUACCAGGUGGCCAGCAGCACAGUGUGCCACUGAAAUGCUGCCUGCAGGCAACAGACACCACUAAAUCAUCACUAGGCGAAUGUAUCGUUAUUUCCCGUCCUUCGAGCCGCUCUUCUGAUAGUUGUGAGAACAGUCGAGAGUCUGGUGAUGUGGAACUGCCUCGGUCCCACUCCCAGUCAUCUGUCUCCGGCGGCAAGGCCCAGGCUCCUCCCCUGAAGCUGGAGGCCUUACACCCGGUCCUGUCCUUCCAGAGUUUGGGCGUUGGUCACACGCUCAAGGUCAGCACCACCAUCCGCAACUACGCGACCCACAGCUACAAACUACGCCUCACCAUCUCCUCCGAGGGAGGUGACUUUAAGAUGAUAAACGACAAUGGCGAGGCGGUGCUGUCCCGAGUCCUGAAGCUUCACGCAAUGGAGUGCAAGGUGCUCAAGUUCCAGUUCACGGCCACGCAGCUGGGCGCGGCUGUGGGCACGGUCGUUCACCACCAGCUGGCUCCGGUCAACUCCGCCACCCACAAGAAGAUCGUGUUGUGUGGCUACGGCGGCAGCGCGAAGAUGAUUCUGCGCAACAUAUCUCGGGACGCAAGUGACAAGAUGUGGCUGAGCUUGGGCGAGGUGACCAACCCAGGGCAGACCUUGGUGCGUGACAUCGUCGUCGAGAACCGCGGGACCAUCCCAGGCUUCCUGGUGCUCUCCGUUCUCUUUGAAGGCUCCAGGACGCUGUACGACCACACGGCGCUGACCAUCUCUCCGGCGGCGGUGGUGGUGCAGCCCAGGCACUCGGAGACGGUGCGUGUGGGGUACCGCCUCGGUCGCGGCGAGUGUGCGUCGCUGGCCAGGAGCAGCAAGGCCGUGUGCGAGGUGGCCAUCCUCAGCAUGGUCCUGGGUGACGAGCCCACCAGGCAGCGCCUCCGCAGGUUAGUGGAGGAUGAAGGAGAUUGUCGCGCGCCUGAUGUUGAACUAUUGAGCAAAGUAUGUUCCACUUUUGAGAAGGAAGUCCCCAUUCCUGACAUUGCCAACUUGAAAGAUAGCAAAGAUGCUCGCAAGAGGUUCUGCGAGUCGUUCACGUCACAUGUGGCCAGUGUGACGGUGGAGAGCUGCAAGGACAGCACGCUGGCACGGCUCGGGGAGGACACGCUGGGCGACACGGACCGCUCCGACACCACCAGGAUGUUCGCCUCCCUGCUGCAAGACUCUGCAUUCCCUCAGCCCAGGGGCAGCGCACCGGAGCACGGCAGCGUGCCGACCGUGUGGGACGUGCAGCCGAGGGAGGUGGCGCUGCGUCUGCCGGGCGUGAGCGGCGCCGUGCUUGCGGUGGAGAACCACCACGCCGUGCCACUGCUGUGCGAGGUGGCCAGCACGGACGACUGGCUGCAGGUGGAGCCGCGUGAGGGCAUCGUGCCUCCCCACGGCUCCUUGCGGCUGUGCCUGGCCGCGCCGUGCUGGCCCACGCGCGCCGACCGGCAUGAGGUGCUCAAGGCCAACGUGGUUGUGUACACGGAGAACGACUGUAUCACGGUGAAGGUUGUGGCGCGCUUCACGGAGCCUCGGCCCCCGGUGCAGCUUCAGGUCACGUCCACGCCACUGCUCGGUCACUCUCGACUGUGGCCGGCCGUCGACCCACUAGUCCUGGAGCGCCAUGAGCUAGCACUGCCGCCAACCCCUGUUGGCAGAGUUUCCUCCGCGGCCCUCACCUGCAAGAACACCUCUGACUCCGAGAUACAGGUGGAUGUGAGCGCGUCACAGCCGUUCUUCGUGCUGGACGCGAGGCGGGCCGUGCCGGGGCAGACGUCCUGGGCCGUGCAGGUGUACUUCUCGCCGGCGCGGCCGGGGCUGGCGCACGGCAGUGCCCUGCUCUCCACGGCCCGCCACAAGCAAGCCGUGCUGCUGGUGGGCAAGGGUGUGGGCUAGACCACUCGCAUGCGCCGCAGGCAGCAUUGCAUGCGAGAGGAGUGGUUGGUUUCGUGCUUAUCUGCUAGUACAUUUGUAUCUGAAUAUGUCCUGGCUGGUUCUUUGACAACUGUGUACCACGUUGUUUUAGUUUACCAUCUACUUUCUAUGUAAAGAUGUAGUAAUUGUACCUAAUAAAAUAUUUGUGUCAUUGGUUGUGGAAGAUAAAAGUGUGCAGUACUGAAACAUUGAAUGUGAAUACUGUAUCUAACUGUGGUAUGGGUUCCUUUAAUUUUAUUGUUGGUGUGCUGUAAUUUUUCAAAAGUAUUUUAAAACUUACUCUCUUUGCUAGAUGGAAGACCAGUUUGAGUGCAUAGUUAAUUUCCUAGCACUCAAGUAGGCUGUUACAUCAUGCCUUUCCUAAUGAGCUGCUGAAGAAAUAUUUAAUGCUGUGUUGUUUUAAUUUCUUCAGCAGGUUAUUUAUUUAUUUUUUUUUUUUUCGUAUUACUUAAAACUCUAAGGGAUCAAAUAUUGUAAUAUUAUGGCACUCUUUUUUAGGUAUGGUGUAAAUAAUAUAUAGGUGCUGUGUUUAUGCAGUGAUAAGUGAUUUAACAAAUCAUUCCUCUAUUUUUACCGUAUGUGUAUUUUUUAUUUUGUUUAAGCUAAAUUAUUUAUUGCAGAGACCUGUAUGAUGGCUAUCAUCAAAUUUCUGUUGUGUGUCUCAAUGUAACUCAAUCUUCACUGUUCUCUUUUUCGUCAAAACAAAGAAUUAGCACCCAUUGACACAUGAGCUUAAGUGAAAUGUGCCGUAAAUUUCAUACGCUUGUGACAAUGUUAGAACUUUCCUUAAUCAGAUAUGAAUUAGUUUCUGUAAAUAGAUGUAAUGCGAAUGAAAGCAUACCAUAAGCAAGCUUAAAAGAAAUCACCCCAGGAGUAAAACAAAAGCAUUAACGCGGUUGAGAGAUAUGUGGGAUAAGCCAGAGUUUCUGGCCGACAGCCGGGUUGUCUCUUCCAGCUGGAGGGAGAGGGGGUUACUAGUGCUGCGAUGUCCCAGGCAGGCAGCGUCAGGGGUGCUUUCACCAGAGUCAUUAUAAAACCACCGCCUCAUGCAAAUAGCAACAAAACAAACACACACACACAGUGACAGAAUUUGUGAGAUGAAAAGAGAUAUUGAGAGAGAUAAAGAUAAUGAGAUGAGAGAUAUAUUAAAAUAGUGAUAUUGAAGGAGAUAAAGGAUAUUAAGAGAGAGGGAGGGAGCAGAGAGAAUGGAAGAGAGUUAAAAGAGCGAGUGAGAGAAAGAGAGAGAGAGGGAAAGAAUAUAUAUAUAGACACAAAUCUUUCUCACAUACACACUAUUACAAUAGCUAUAAUAUGUAAAAUGCCACCAAUAAUGUUUACAUUGCAUGUGGAUAAGCAAUGUUCUUCCAUGCCUGAGACCAAGUCAUCUUGUAUGAAGGCACAAAUAUUUAGGCCAAUUUUCAUCAACAAUAAACUGACCUCAUAUUAAAUACUUGAAUCUACAAAACAUAUCCAUUUUCUGUCAAGUGUGAACUGUCGCUAGCAGCUGUUUAAGGCUACUAUAAUUUCAUUUUGCAAUUAUUAAGUUCCCAGUUUUGUGGCUUAAAAUUAAUCUUUACUUUUUAAAUUUUAAUAUAAAUUUGGAACUAGAAGUAAAAAUUUGUCUAUGAUAUUAUUAGAUAUUUGUAUUUUAUAAACAAUCUGCUGGUAAAAUCAGAUUAAAAUAUAAGUUUUAACUGUGUAUAUUUGUACUUAAGAUAGUGUUUUCUGUACUAAUAUAUGUUUUGUGAAAUAAAAUAAUUUUAUAAUUUUUACUUCAUUCUUAUCUUUUCUU